AAAAUAGCAAAUUGCUACUCUCUCUCACUUUCUCUCUCAUCCUUUCAUCAUCUGAAGAGGCAACAGGAGUCACGAGCCCACCACACUUCCACAUAUAAUAGAGCGCGCACACACACACACUCAUACCCUCAACAUAAAUUGAGAAGAUUGGGAAACAGUACACAAGGGAAUAGGGAAAGCAAACCUUAGCCUUCUCUCUCUGUCUCAUCUCUCUCUCUCUCUCUCUCUCUCUCUCUCUCUCUCUCUCUGUAAUCCUUUUGUUAAUUUCAUCAUGAUGAAUUGUGGGUUUACUCCAGUUGAUGCUGAGGAGGAGUACGAGAAGUUUCUCAUUGGAAUGAACCCUCCAAGGGUUACUGUGGAUAACUCUACAAGCAGUGAGGCAACCUUGGUGAAGGUGGAUAGUGCUAAUAAACAUGGGAGUCUGCUGGAGGUUGUUCAGGUUUUCACUGAUUUCAACAUCACCAUCAAAAGGGCUUACAUCUCCUCUGAUGGGAGCUGGUUUAUGGAUGUUUUCCAUGUUGUGGACCAAGAUGGAAAUAAGCUUUAUGAUGAAGAAGUUAUUGAUCGCAUUCAGCAGUCAUUGGCAGCAAGAGCGUCCAGCUUCCGCUCGCUGAAGAGGUCGGUCGGUGUCCAAUCUGCAUCAAACCACACUUCAAUCGAACUCAUUGGCAGAGACCGACCAGGACUCCUCUCAGAGAUCUUUGCGGUCCUCACAGACCUCAAAUGCAACAUCGUCGCCUCUGAGGUCUGGACACACAAUUCAAGAAUGGCCUCUGUAGUUUACAUAACCGAUGAAUCCACUGGAGCUCCCAUUGAUAACCCUGACAGGCUUAGCACAAUCAAGAGGCUCCUUCGUUACGUCCUCAAGGGGAAUAGAGAUAGAAGUGGAAAGACUUCUAUUACUGUGGGCAUGACUCAUACUCAGAGGAGACUGCAUCAAAUGAUGUAUGCUGAUAGAGACUACAAUAGGAGUGAUGAUGAGGAGGAAUUUGGUGGUGGUGACAGAAGUAGUUCUUGUGUCACGGUAGAGAAUUGCGUCGAGAAAGAGUAUACUGUUGUGUAUGUCAGGUGUAAGGAUCGACCUAAGCUCUUGUUUGAUACUGUCUGCACUCUGACCGAUAUGCAAUAUGUUGUGUUCCAUGGCACUGUCAUCUCCGAAGGACCCGAAGCUUAUCAGGAAUACUACAUAAGGGACAUGGAAGGACGAGCGGUCAGCUCCGAAAGGGACAAACAACGAUUAACCGACUGCUUGGAAGCAGCAAUCAGAAGACGAGCCACUGAAGGCUUAAGGCUUGAGCUGUGCAUGGAGGACCGAGUAGGCCUGUUAUCGGAUGUCACAAGAAUCUUCAGGGAGCAUGGAUUAAGUGUGACUCAAGCUGAAGUCUCCACAAGAGGAUCUCAAGCUGUGAAUGUUUUCUAUGUUACUAAUGCAUCGGGAUCGAACCCAGUUGAGCCGAGGACGAUCGAAGCUGUGAGGACUGAGAUUGGGGAUACUGUUUUGCGUGUUAAAGAUGAAUUUGGUUCGAAUUCUUCGAGUCAGGAUGAGGGGAGGUUUUCUUUUGGAAACCUCUUCAGAUCAAGGUCUGAGAAGUUCCUUUCAAACCUGGGCCUGAUAAGGUCUUGUUCUUGAGAUUGUGAUUUGAACUACUGAGUUCAGUUCAGACCUUUGUAAUUCAAUGUGCUUCUUUGUGAAAUCUUAUGGGAAAGAGCUGUUGGAUGUUGUGAAUAUAAAGUUAUCAUGGCCUCAACUUAUCAAUUGAA